CUCCUGCGAGAGGACCCUCCUCCUGAGAGAGACCACAUUACAAUCACAGUGGGCUUAUAAAGGCUGGCAGCACGCGCGCUGACACAGCCUCCUGCACACCGCGCGCUGAUCCGCUCCUUCACCGCUUCAUUGACCUAGGUUCAGUUGCUGGGCUCAAACCUGGACCCGUUCACAGGACGCAGACAUGGAGAAAGAUGCGAGACCCAAAUGGGACAGCCCCGUGCAGUUUGUGCUGGCAUGUGUGUCAUAUGCGGUGGGACUGGGGAACGUGUGGCGGUUCCCGUACCUCUGUCAAAUGCACGGUGGAGGGGGGUUCUUGAUUCCUUAUCUCCUCAUGCUGUUUUUGGAGGGCGUGCCCUUAUUCUACUUGGAGCUUGCCAUUGGUCAGAAGAUGCGUCUUGGUAGCAUCGGGGCAUGGACUGCCAUCAGCCCUUACCUGGGGGGAAUGGGUCUUGCUAGUGUUGUGACAUCCCUGUAUCUCUGUCUCUAUUACAACAUCAUCAAUGCAUGGAGUUUCUGGUACCUCUUUCAUUCAUUUCAAUCAGUCCUGCCCUGGGCAGAAUGCCCCAUCAACGCCAACCGAACAGGACCUAUAAAGGAGUGUGAACAGGCUACACCUACCCAGUACUUCUUCUACAGGGAAACACUGGACAUUUCUUCUUCUAUUGAGGAGAAUGGAGGCAUUCAUACAGGCCAGGCACUGUGUCUCAUACUUGCCUGGAUUAUUACUUACCUGUUCAUUGUCCGAGGAGUAAAGUCUACUGGGAAGGUGGUGUACUUCACAGCCACAUUUCCAUAUGUGGUCCUCUUUGUCUACCUGAUUCGAGGCAUCACUCUUCAUGGUGCCAUCAAUGGUGUCAAAUACAUGUUCACACCCAAGAUGGAACAGCUUGCCAACCCUACUACAUGGAUCAAUGCGGCCACUCAGAUCUUUUUCUCUCUGGGUUUGGGUUUUGGGUCACUCAUAGCUUUUUCCAGCUACAACCAGUACAACAACAACUUUGAACGUCAAGCCAUCGUUGUCUCCCUCAUCAACAGUGGAACUUCCAUCUUUGCCAGCAUCGUCACCUUUGCCAUCUAUGGGUUUAAGGCCACCGUCAACUAUGAGAACUGCCUUGAGAGAACACGACUACUACUGCUGAAUGCUUUUAAUCUAGCAGAGGACAGCAUCACUGUAGACACUGUGUAUGACUGGAUUGAGAAGCUGAACGCAACAUACCCUGAGCAGUUUGCUGAACUCAACACCAGACUGGAAAACUGUGACCUGGAGAGUGAACUAGACACUGCAGUAGAGGGGACAGGUCUGGCCUUCAUAGUGUACAGUGAGGCUAUUAAAAACAUGCCACUGUCUCAGCUGUGGUCAGUGCUGUAUUUCAUCAUGCUGCUGCUGCUGGGAAUGGGCAGUAUGCUGGGCAAUGUCACUGCCAUCAUCACCCCACUACGAGACUUCAAGGUCAUCUCCCGCAUGAGCAGCGAGUUGUUCAAUGGUUUAGUGUGUUUGUUCUGUCUCCUACUCGGCCUGGGCUUCACCACCACAUCAGGGAGUUACUGGUUUACCAUGUUCAAUGAUUAUGGAGCCACUUUCUCCCUGCUCUUCAUCGUACUCAUCGAGGUCAUCACUGUCAGUUACAUCUAUGGAAUUAAAAGGUUUGAAAAAGACAUAGAAGACAUGCUUGGUCAUCGUCCCAACUGGUAUUGGAAGAUCAUGUGGACAUUCACCAGUCCCCUUCUCCUCAUUGCUCUCUUCAUCUUCUACAUCAUCAACUACAUCAAGGGAGGAACACCCACAUACCAAGCAUGGAACAAGGAGCUGGGUAAGUCGGUGGUGACGGAGUAUCCUGUCUUUGGUCAAGUGUUCAUCGGGCUGCUGCUGGCGUCGUCAGUGAGCUGUGUUCCCCUCACAGCCCUGUAUGUCUACUGCAGGAAGAGGAAACAUGGGGGCCAUCACAAGAGGCAGCGUACUGUGAGCACAAUAUCUGCUUAGUGUCUAGACAAUGACAGACAGAUCUGAAUACAGUAACACUACAUCUCCUAUUACAUGGAGGUAGUAGAAACAUGAUCAGCCGUCAUUGGUGUUUUCUUCCCAUUUAUUUCUUCACUUUCACCUAAUUUCACAUUAUUUAAAGAAUUUUCAGCUGUUCUCCCUGUAAAAUGACCUUUUUUACUGUGGGGAACAAUCCUCUGGUGAAUGUAUUAUUGGAUCAUUUCUCUCAGUAUUAAAGUCAGACUUCCAUGUCAGUUUCCAAUCAGUACUCUGUACACUGAAAAAGAUUCAUCACAUUCACAGAGCAGGAAGACCUGGUGGUUUCACAGUUUAACUGUGGAACAUGUCAUUAGUGUAGAUAAUGUUUGUUUAAUUGCCAAACAUUUACAGCAGAUAUAGCUGUAAUUCAGUGUUUUAUCUGACACUAGUUUACUAAAUGGUCAUAAUAUGAUGAAUGUAUGUAGAUAUGUAGAUUACUCAAUGAGUUAUAAGAUGUAGUGUUUGAGUAUGUUAGUUAUUUGUUCAUAUCUUAUACACAUGGCAAUGUCUUAAGUCAUGUUGUUUUAUUUUUAGCCUUAAAAAAAUGAGAGAAGGGGCAGUUUACACGACUAGUACCAAAAAUGACACUUGUCAGUGCUGGAAACAGCAAAACAUAUCACAUAACAUAGUUGUUUUCACUGUAAUAGAAAAUCUAGUCCAGUCAUUUAAUAAUAGCUUACAUUGAGAUGUCUGGUAAGCAGAUUUAUAUGUGUUCUCUUUGUAAGAAGGUUGUACAAAUUACCUGUGUUUCCUACAUUUAAAGUAUUUUUUUGAUAACUAGUUUUCUAUCUGUUUAUAAAGGGCUGGUGUCUGCUAUCAUCUUCUCUCUAUAAGAGAGUUAAACAAAGAGCACAUCAAGUCACUUGUAUGAACCAGUAGUGGAGCUACUGUGCCAAAUAUAAAUGUACUACCUUUAAAUAUUUGCUUCAUACACCAUCAGACAUGUAAACUGUGUACAUAUUGUAGAUAUGUGUGUCAUCCAAUCAUCAAAUGAUUAGAAAACUCAAUAAAUAUGUGACUUUUGCUUUUUGUGCUGUUAGCUGAAUUAAAUGUUUUUAACUCCCAUCAACAAUGAACUGUCAUUAAAGUUAAGUUUGAUGUCAAUUAAAAUCAAAUCAACUGUGUCAUCAACAUAAAACAAUUAAUUCUUCAUAUCUUUAUCCAUCUGUAUGUUCUGUCUUUAUCUUGAUGGUGGUCAAUUUUUUAUUAAAGAAAAAUGUUGAUGUACGUGUUCA